UUGAAGGGAGGCAGAGUGGCCCAUACAAGUCUGUUCUUACCUGGGAUCACAGGUGCAAGCAGGACUUAGAUUUAGGUCCUGCAUCCUCUCCUCUUUUCUUUCCUCUGGCACUAGCACUACAUAAGGCAGGCAGUCUGAAUACAAGAGGAGGAGAAGAAGAACAAUGCGGGCUGAGACACAGCCUACUACAAUACCCACGCCUGGCUGUCUGCACUCCGCAGUAACAAUAACAAUUUAGCAAGUGAGGAAGCCCUUUCUGACCUGUUCCCUCUCUCUUCACUGCCAUCCUGAAGAUCAGGCUGAAUGAGUAAGAAAGCUUCUGGUGUCUACACGUGGUGAGUUUAAUUUAUUGUUACCCUGCCGCAAUGUACAAAUACCGAAAGAAGCUUCUACUCUGUAUGUCAGUUGCAACGACUUUCAUCUUUUUACUGGGGGUUCUAAGCAAAUUGCCGAUCACUGCACCUGUAAAGAAGAAAAUUGAGAACGCCACUUGUAAUGGAAAACUCAGCACCGAUACAAUUACAGCACUGGACGACAACCGGACGUUCAUCAUCUCGCCGUACUAUGAUAACAGAGAUGACCAUCGGUCUAUGGUGCGGAUUCUCAGCAUUAUCCACCAUGAAGAGGUAAAGGAACUAUACUGCUAUUUCUGUUGCCCUACAGACAAGAGCGUGCAGAUCUCCAAGGCUUCCAUAGACAUGCAUAGCGAUCGCUUUGACUUUCCCUAUGUGACAACAGACCUUUUAUGCAAGAUGCCACCAGACUGCCCUGCUGAGUAUUUAUCUGUCCAUACGUCUAUAAAUCUAAAAAUUACCCAAUUACCUCUAUUCCGAAUACAAAACCAAGAUGUGAAAGCAUUUUCUGCAGAGUUCACAGUCUGCAUUUCCACCAUGUUUGGGAAUUACAGCAAUGUCUUACAAUUCAUUCAGACCAUGGAGAUGUACCAGAUCCUGGGGGCACAACGGGUCAUGAUCUACCUUAACAGCUGCAGCCCACAGAUGAAAACAACUAUGCAGUAUUAUAUCGCAAGAGGGAUCCUAGAGGUGGUAGACUGGCCGAUCCAGCGUUACCUCAGGCCUGGCACUGCAUGGCACCAUUCAGUUGACCCCAAAGAUAUAGGGUAUUAUGGUCAGUUGGCAACACUCAAUGACUGCAUUUAUAGGAAUAUGUACAGGACUAGGUUUGUGCUGCUCAAUGAUAUUGAUGAGAUCAUUUUACCGUUCUCGCACACGACUUGGGAUGCAAUGAUGAAAAGCCUUCAACAACAGAAUCCAAAUGUUGGAAUUUUCCUAUUUGAAAAUCAUAUUUUUCCUCAAACUGUGCCCAUUGAGGUCCACUUCUCUGAUAUUUCCUCCUGGAAAGACGUCCCGGGAUAUAACAUCCUCCAGUACGUCUAUCGGGAACCAGACAGACUGGAUUAUUUCAAUGCUCGGAAGAUGAUUGUGGAUCCCAGGAAGGUCAUACAGACGUCGGUUCACUCCAUUUUAAAAGGUUACGGAGAUUACCGGAGUGUCUCAAUGGAAACAGCUCUGGUUUACCACUGUAGAGGACCUCUACAGAAGAAAUUACCAAAGACCUCAUUAAUAGAAGACAAGACUGUCUGGAAACAUAAUGCCUCUCUUAUCAGAAAUGUUAAUAAAGUUCUGGGGGAAAUCUCAUUCCAGUGAUGAAACGCUCUACACAUGCGUCUGAAGCUAUAGAUGGUGCAGAAGUGCCUGGAAAUUAAAGAGGUUAUCCGGGAAUUUAUAUUGAUGAGCCAUCCUCAGGAUAGGUCAUAAAUAUGAGAUCAGUGGGGUCUGACAUUCCCCGCCGAUCAGCUGUUAAAAAUUCAAGUCAAUGGGGCUGAGCUGCAACACCAAGCACGGCCACUACACAAUUGAUGGCGCUGUGCUUGGAAAGCUGCCAGGAGCAGACUGUGCUCAUCAGAGCUCUGGUGACCGCUGUGGCUCCCAUCCUGAGAAUAGGUCAUCAUAAUCAUUUCCUGAAUAGCCCCUUUAAUAGAUACAAAUCUGUACAAAGUCUGUGUGGCCUGUGAAUAUAUUUUAUAUAUGGUUGGUUGUUUUUCUUUUCUAUAGCAUAUCAUUUGUUACUUUUUUUUUUUAAGGGGUAAUUUCCAUUGUGACAGUUAGAGCAUAUCUACCAGUGUCUCUUGCCUGCUGUCAAUGGAGAGGUGGCUGCACAUGUGCAACUCUUUCCAUUCACUUCUAUGGGAGUUCUGAAAAUGGACACAUCUAGUAAGUAUGCUCGGCAUAUGCAUAGGCGUCUUUCUACAGCAUCUAGUGAUGAGCGAAGCGAGCAUCAGAUGCUUAACCCGAAGUCGAUUUGUUUAAAACUUUGAAUUAAUGCUGUACUGAUAUCUGUAUAAAAUGUAUGGGCUCCGAUGAGACGAAGUUAGUUAUCCGUCAAGUCGCGCUUGACUGGUACCUCAGAACAGAAGGCGAGCUCGGUUUCAAGUUUUAUAGUGGUUUUCCACUUUAAAAAUCAACUAACAAAUUUAAUUUAGUCAUGCCCGACUUCGCCAAUAACGGAUCUCUGUACAGUAUUAAUCAGGAGUUUCGAACUAAGCGACUU